AUGUCUGAAAUACUCGCUGUUAUCUUUCCACUAGAAAUCAUUAACAACAUUAUUCUUUUCUUUUCCGAGAAAGCAUUACAAACAUUCUACGAUGGAAUAUUUAAGGAUCCGUUGCUUCAGUCACUUGUUUUGUACAGAAAGUAUAGAAAAGUGAAAGUUGAUUGUUUGGAGCAACUAGUGGAAGCAGCAAGCUUUAAUGCUCCUAUAGGCACGAUGUAUUUGAAUUGGAAGGACGAGUACCUCAGAUUUUUCAAGGUGAAUCCUUCAUUCCUUUCAAGAAUCUCUGAUGUCAAACUAGUUGCUGAUUGUCAAAAAGCUUUUAUGAUACUAAGGGAGGUCAUGUUUCGUAAGAUUUCACAUUUAGAAUUCAAAAAGACCAAAGUCUUUGAUCCCUCUCUCAUUUCUCGUGACUUGAAACUGAUCUCCAUCAGUUUCAGUAAUUUUCCAAGGCCGAGAAUUUUGAAUCGAUGGCCACCUUCAUUGACUUGCUUGAAGAUUUCUGGACACAGCAACUUGACUCUCAUAGAGCUUCCGAUGGGUCUCAGAGAGCUCAGUUGUUGUAAUCUGGAUUUGUCUUGGAACCUGUUCCCAUCAAAACUAGAAACAAUAUCACUCUCCUCGAUUUCAAAAUUCGCUUCAAACCAAGUAGUAUUUCCGGAAGGGCUAAAGGAGUUAAAGAUUGCUUAUUUUCCAGAUCUCGAUAUUGAAGAGUUUGGAACCAGACUUCCUCGGUGGUUGAAAAAGUUUACAUUAGAAUUUUCCAUCGGUAACAGAAUAUCGUACUUAAAGUUCCCCGACUCACUUGAAGUUCUAGAUCUUUCGUGCUGUGAUAUUUCGAGCAUUAAGGGUUCAAUAUUUCCUAUGUCUCUCGUUGAACUCUAUUUGGUAUCUAACAAGAUCGAGGAGUUGCUGAAAUUGAAGUUUCCAGAAACCCUUAGGGUAUUAAAUUUGAACGAUAACUGCAUAGGUACGUUUGAUCAUGCCGAAUUUCCGAAUCUGCUUCGGGAGUUAUAUGCAUCUGGAAAUCAACUUACUAGUUUGGAUAGAGCUUCGUUUCCUGAUUUGGAACUCCUUGACAUCUCAGUCGAGUCUAGAUUGAAUAUCAAGAGUAUUCGAAACGUCAAAUUUCCUUCCACACUCAAAAUUUUAAGAGCAAGGGGACAUUCCAUUAGAGACUGUAGGCGAACUUCAUUUCCUGAAGGUUUGAAGGAAUUGGAAAUAACGGUCAAGGGAAAAUCUCAAAGACUAUCUUUCCCACCUGAGUUAGAAUUUCUUGAUCUAACACUUCCAGAAUCUUGGAAAUCCAAGCUUUCUUACCUCGAGUUACCUGCAACACUACAAGAUCUUAGAAUUGAAAAUGGAAGCUGUAUUGAAUUCGACUGGAAGCUCCCUCUCUUGCAAAAAAUGACCUUGAGUUCUAUCAAAGGUAGAGUUAAGGUUCCUCUGUCAGUCAGUAGGCUCUCUCUAUUUGUUCGCCGUGGAGAGGACUUAAAAAGCUUAGUGCUUUCUCAGAAGUUGGAUGAGUUUCAAAUCAGCUGUCACUUUGGCCACUUUUAUGACGAAGUGAUCACUAUAAUGCGACAUCAACAGGGGAAAGAACACGGAUGGAGGAGAAGACUCAUGUUAUCAUUUUGA